AUGGCUUCUCCUGGUAAACAAUUUGUCAUUUGUUUAGUUUUUGGGUGGAGUAUGUGUUUAGCUUGCAUAGAGGGGGCAUUGGAAGAGGCAUUCACUGAGGCUGGAUUUGUUAAAGCAUUUCAACAUCAGCCCACUCCAUCAAGUAUUAUACAGAACUUUGCAGAAGGAAAUUUAUGGCUUGAUAAUAACAUUCCUGAAGCAGAAAAACCAAGUCAUUUUAUUGCACCAGAGAGUCAAGACAUAUUUGAAUUGCAUGAUACCAGAAAGUAUGAUGGAUCAAAGCAUUUCUCUCAAGAUUCUAUAGCCCAUUGGGAUUCACAAUCAUAUUGGAGAGAAGAACCUUACUUUUCAUUGUCAGAAUUGGGGACAGGGAGCCUAUCAAGCAAGCAUCAUAGUGUCCCCUUAACAUUGGAGCAUGUGAGUUAUGUACCCACUGAAGUACCAAUUGCAAGACCUCAGAACUUGGGAUUAGAGUUCAGCACUGCAACAAGUCCACAGGCUAUAAUCAGUAGUUCUUCUCAAUCCAAAGAUCAUCACACAUUAUACCAAAAUCUUGAUGAAUGGUGUGAUAUUCCUGGGCCUGUUGGAGAACCCUUAAGACCUCAUUUGAUAGCACCUGGGAUAACCAGACCACUGACAGACAUGGAACAUACCUUUCAGGGAAACCAUGAUGUACAAUAUAAAUUUCCAUUUUUGAACAGGGACCCAUAUGUCAUGAUGUUGAAAGAAACCACACAGGAUCAUGGCAUCACAUGCAAUAACAUUCACAACAGACAGAGGAGUCAAGUAUCAGGAAGUGAAGGUUUUAACCAAUUUGAUAUUGAUCAGAGUAUUCCUUACCUCUCUCCAAGAAACUUUCAAGCUUCUUCAUAUACAGUGGGUAAUCCAAAUGAAGGCCCUUCAGAUACAGUGAAUAGUUUUCACUUCCCAGAUUAUUGGAUAAAGGAUAACCAGAAGGGCAUGGAUAAUUUUGGGAUGAUACCAUCCACAGUGGGUCAGGGCCUGAUGAAUUCAGAAUCAAGAAGAGAAAAAAGGAAGGCAUCUGAAGGACCAGGGGAUUCAUGUUUUCUGGACACAAAAUGGCCAUGGGAUUCACCACACAUGGCUUACAGCAAUGUUCCAAGUUCUUCAGGAGCAACUGUUUUGUCACGGGGUAUGGAGGAUUCAGGAGUCAACAGAAGUGAUGAAAUUGCUACUCCCACACAACACACAAGUCAUAUGGCUCAAAGCUUCCCAACCAUUGAGAAGUACAAGGACAUAGCUAUCAAAGAUCACCCAUUUCAGAGUCCUUUGAAUGGUCUGAUUAGCUCCCCUGUGAUACAACGUCAGUCAAAUAGAAAAGGGCCUUCAGAGUUUUCCACAAGAGAAGCAGUUCCAUUGCUACUUGACAUAGGUGUAUUUUUUGUGAACAAUUCUCCAAGUUUGUGUUAUGAAACAACUCUAUGGUUUGAAGAGCUCAAACAUGACAUGAUUGCCAAAGCCAAUGGGAAUGCCUCUAUUAGAAAGCAUGUUGAACAAGCAACAGGAAUUGCUCACUCAAAGAUAACAACAUGUUUUCUGGGCCUUAUUUUGAUUUUUGCCACUGAGGGAGGUGAUCCAGUAUCUUGGUUAAAUCUUCUUCAGGAGGGAUGGAAUUUCAUCAAAUUACAGUUUGGGAGUUGGAUAGAUGCAGAUCUAAAGAUUGAGAGUAAUCAUCCUGGAGUGAAGAGGAAUUACUAUUUCAAAACAAAAUGGAAUGAACCUGCAUCAUGGUAUAAGUCAUUGAGCAGCUUUAGCAAUAAAAACAAUAUACCAGCUGAUAUCAUCAACUCCCUUGUAGUCAAAUGGGAUCAAAACAGAACUUUUUCAAGAAUUGGAAUAAACCAUUUAGGGGGAUCUUAUUCAGUGAUACAGAAAUUCCAUGAAUCACAUGUAAAGUAUAGCUAUGGUGGGCUUUACUCAAGAUCAGGGAUAACAAACCUUGCAUUUAUAGGUUUAAGAUACUGUGGAGACUAUCAAGUCCAUCAUGAACGCACAGUAGCAUCAAGAUGGCAUGAAAUAUGUUUGUCAUUAUCUCACUCUGCACAAUUCCACUCACCUAAGGGAAUUGAAAUGUGCCAAGAGGUCCAUGCUUUCUUUGGUUCAUUAGUUGAAGAUCUAUUGAGCUCCUACAAGCAAGUAUACAAUCUUGAUAUCUCUUUAGCUGGGAAAAGACCCAAGAAAAGAUCAGAAGACUUAUUGAAUCAUGAUCCUCAUAAGAUAAAUAUUGAAACAAUUAUCAGGGUUAACAGUAUGGGAGAGUACAGACUAACUGUAAUCUUCAUAGGCCUGGUCAAAGUUCUCUACCAAAAGGAAACUCAAGAUAAUACACUCAGAAUCCUUCUCAAAAGUGCAUGGGAUUUUUUGAAAGGAAUGUUUUCCAAGUGGAAAGACUUUAAUUUUCAAACUGAUUUACCAAAGAUCUUUGAUAUGGAAGUUGAAAAAUCAUCAAGGGUUACUAUAGAUUGGUCAGAUCCUUAUAAACUAUUCAAUUCACUCUCACAAAACCAAGUUAUCAGAAGAUAUCCUAUCCCAAUCCAUGGUCUUAAAAGUCUGUAUGAAGCUUGGAGUGAUACCUUAUCUACCUCUAAAUUCACUCAGAUGAAUGAUGUGGACUUCAAAGUGAUUUGA